AUGACCACAUUAUGGCUCUUCCUAGCCACCACACUGGCAGUUUACGUCGCCCAUUGCUACAAUUCCUACUCCCGCCUCCGUCACAUCCCCGGCCCCACACUCGCAAGGUUCUCAUCCGCCUGGAUGAUCGAAAUGCUCACCAGCGGCAAGGUGCCGAAAGGUGGUGAUAGUAUUUGCGGGUUCCAUGUUCCGGAGGGCACCCAAGUCUCCCAUAACUACUCGGGAAUAAUGCGAUUGAAGGAGGUAUUUAGGAAGGGUGCUGACGUGUUUCGACCGGAGCGCUGGCUAGAGGAGGAGGCCGACGCAGAGCGGCUGAAGUUGAUGAACUCUGUUGGAGCUUGCGUUCGGGAAUGGAAAGUACCAGUGUCUGGGAAGCGAAUCGCACUGAUGGAGUUGAACAAGAUCUUUUUUGAGCUAUUGCAGCGGUAUGAUAUGGCGUUGGUUGAUCCUCAAAAACCGAUCAGAUCAAGCAGCGGGGUAUUUUGGAUUGGAAGCGAUUUGAUGUUGAGAUUAACAAAGAGGUCGUAA